GGAGCGAAACGCCUAGCUUUUAGCGAGCCCCCUCCUCUCAGCCCUAGCGCUGCUGUUUGCAAGAUUUACCACAAACUUUAUCCACAAUGUGGCCACCGUUACGCCAAACCUCAACGGGGGCUUUUUAAAUGACGAGCGGCGAGUUAGCGGUGACUGUGAUUUUUGUAUUAACCUUAUCGCAUUGUCUGUUUCGAGGUGGCAGCAGCGCGAAUGUCGUUAGCCGCUGAUUAGCAACAACUAGCUUCGCCCCGAGAGGAGUGGAGACAAGUCCGAGCCUGAGCGGCGUGUGGACCCGACCGCGCGGCUCCGGCUCCACGAAGCGGGAUCUGCAACCAACCACAUCUUAUCUUAUCACAAAUACUCAAUUUUAGCCUUCAACUUUUCAUUUUGAGCCAUUUUUUGAGAAGAAACUCUUAAACGCACGCUGUUUUGGCUCAUUUAGGCUAAGUCGCAUUAGCCAACAACGCCAAUUGCGACCCAUGUUUUGAUGUAAUUGCGCUGGAGUGGUCGGGAUUGCGCAUUGGAAACCUACUGUAAAUCACUCUCCAUCAAAAAGCGUGGAGCAUGCAGAAAAAGACGAGAUAUCUCAUAAGUAGAUAGGAGACGAGGGUUACCAGAAGCCGAGUUAAAUUUGGACUGGUUUCAUUUUUGGAAUAGGUGAUCCCCAGGUCGGAAAAGAAGGGAGACAGGAUGAAGAAGUUCUCUCGGAUGCCCCGGUCGGAGAGUGGAGGUCUGGGCGGCUCGUCCGGCUCCGGGGCAGGCUCCGGAGUGAGUAGUUACUUCGGGAAAGUGUUCGCCGUGGGCCGCUACCAAGUCACAGUGGAGGAGCUGGUAGCAGAAGGUGGUUUCUCUGUGGUUUUUCUUGCUCGGACUCACAGCGGCGUACGAUGUGCUCUAAAGAGGAUGUACGUCAACAACCUCCCGGACCUCAACGUCUACAAGAGAGAGAUCACCAUCAUGAAAGAGCUAUCGGGACACAAGAACAUCGUGGCGUAUUUGGACUCCACCAUUAAUGCCGUGUCUGAGAGCGUGUGGGAAGUGCUUAUCCUCAUGGAAUACUGCAAAGCGGGUCAGGUGGUGAAGCAGAUGAACCAGCGUCUGAGUGUGGGCUUCACGGAGGUGGAGGUGCUCCAUAUUUUCUGUGACACGUGUGAAGCUGUGGCCCGCCUCCAUCAGUGUAAAACGCCCGUCAUCCACCGAGACCUCAAGGUUGAGAACAUCCUUUUGAACGACCAGGGGAACUAUGUGCUGUGUGACUUUGGCAGUGCCACUCACAAAAUCCUACUGCCUCAGAAAGAAGGAGUGACCGCAGUGGAGGACGAGAUCAAAAAAUACACCACUCUUUCGUACCGCGCUCCAGAAAUGAUCAACCUCUACGCAGGGAAAGCCAUCACCACCAAGGCCGACAUUUGGGCGCUGGGAUGCUUGUUGUACAAGCUGUGUUUCUUCACACUUCCUUUUGGGGAGAGUCAAGUUGCCAUUUGUGAUGGGACAUUUAUCAUUCCUGAUAACUCCAAAUACUCGGCCAAACUGCACCGACUCAUCAGAUACAUGCUCGAGCCAGACCAGGAGAAGAGACCGGACAUUUACCAAGUCUCGUACUUUGCCUUCAAGUUGGCUGGGAAAGAGUGUCCGGUGCCCAAUCUAUUUAACUCCCCCAUCCCCACUUCUUUACCAGAGCCACUAACAGCCAGUGACAUUGCUGCCAAGAAGAGCAUGACAAAAGCAAGGAUCACAGACUCUGUGGGUCCGACCGAGACGUCCAUCGCUCCCAGACAGCGUCCCAAAGCAGCCAACAGUAAUGUGCUUCCUCUCAGUAACACGGUCACUCCAGUCAAGAUGAGCAUGCCUUCUGCUGCCAACGGCAACGGACACAAAGCGCCGACCCCCAGCUCCACAGCGCCCGCUCUGGCUCCUCAGAGUAACAACAGUCAACAGCACAGAGUCUUGCAGCAGCUUCAGCCCGGAGACCUGAGGCUCCAGCAGCUCCAGCAGCACCAGACUGCUCCACACCCGCAAUCGCAACCUCACCCGCAACCUCACCCACAAUCUCACCCACAGCAUCCACAGACUGGGGCCCAGCCUCAGCAUCUACAGCAGGCCAAUGCGCAGCAACUACAAUAUCUACAGUACCAACAAGCCCUGCAGCAGCAGAUGUUACUGCAGCAGCAGAUGAUGAUGCAGCCGGCCCUGUACCAGCAGCAGGUGGCUCAGGCACAGUACGCCGCUAUGUUGCACCAGUAUCAACAGGCAUUUGUGCAACAGCAGCAACAGCAGCAGCAGCAGCAGGUGCAUCUUCCACACACGGGACAGCACAGCGCCCCCUAUCUGUCACCCUCACCACUGGAGUUUCAGAUGCCCCUGGGGUCAUACAAUGCCACAACACCUACCGCUGUCCCCACGGCAACUGUGCAGAUGGGAGGAGGGCCAUCACCUGCGGAGACGUUUGCUAAUACUAGGAACCCCCUGCUGCCUUCAGACGCCCCCCCCUCUCAGAGCAACCCCCCUGUGGUCAGCCACCCCCCUGACAUGUCCCGCUGGAACCCCUUUGGAGAGGACAACUUCUCCAAGCUCACAGAGGAGGAGCUGCUGGACCGCGAGUUUGACCUGCUCAGAGCAAAGAAGCCAGUGGAGCGUAGCCCCAGUGCAGAGACUCCCCUCCAGCAGCAGACCACCUCCUCUGUCCCGAAGGCCCUUCCACCUGAAGACCUGUUUGGAUCUGUCCCAUUUGUGACCAGCGCAGGUGGCGCUGUUGUGAGCCUUGAUCCUAUCCCAGACGACUCCAGCUCUCCUGCUGGCCCCCCCGCUGCCUCUGACCCCCUCCAGCCUUCAGACGGUGCCAAGGAGCCCAAAGGCAGGAAGAGCAGCACAAAGACCGGCGACGAAUCAGACAGCGACUUCGAAUCAGACCCUCCAUCGCCCAAAAGCAGCGAGGAUGAGGAGGGGGAGGAAGAGGAGGCUCUGAACAGUGAACACGGAGAAGAUACCGAACCGGAGAACUUAGGACAGCACCCCCUACUGAUGGACUCUGAGGAAGAGCGCAGCUCCGAUUCGGAUUGCGAGACUGGCAAAGUCAAGACGCGCUCAAAGAAAAGUACAAAAUCCUCAAAUGUCUCAAAUCAAGCUGGAGUGAGUUUGAUGACACCGCCACAAUCUCCGGAAAAGAUAGUCGGAACAUUAGCCAAAAAUCAAGAUAGCGUUGACGUUUUUGGAGCUGUGCCAUUUCCAGUUGGAAUAACACACAGCACUUCAGAUAUUUUCUCACAAGCGCCUUUCCGCCAAACUAGCCAUGAACAACAACAAGUGGACGAUUUCGACGUCUUCACCAAAGCGCCCUUCAACCGGAAUCUCUCCAAAUCUGGGACGCUUCCGAUGGGGCAGACUCCGCCCAUUUCCCCAGAAGGCGGAAUCGAUAUUUUCGGAUUUUCGCCUUUCCAACCCGGAUCCAACCCACAUUCAACGCUCCCAACUACGUCACGGAGCGCAGAGGAUAUCUUUUUCCGUCAGUCUUGCGAUGAUUCGAGUCCGCAGCAGCAACGGUUAAAACAACGUAGCCUCCAAAAACUAUCGUCACGCCAACGAAAAACUAAGCAAGAUCCGAGUAGCGGUGCUAGCAAUGGGAAAAGGCACCACGGUACGCCUACGGGAGCAAGAAAAAACAACAAACCAACAUAUCGAACACCAGAGAAGGUUAGGAGACACAAAAAAGUCGGAAGGAGGGAUUCGCAAAGUAGCAAUGAGUUCCUUAGUACGUCCGACUCGAAGGAAAACAUUAGUCUAGAUGUGACAAUGGUGGAGGGGAACGAGAAGGCCGCAACCAUGCCCACAGAGGACACCAUCUUGGAUCCGUUUGGGGCAAAGCCGUUCCAUCCCAAUAUUGGUGAUGGGAAAUCGGAAAAGUCGUGGAGCGGAGAAGCUAAAAUAAUCGACGAUUUUGGGGCAGUGCCGUUCGCAGAGUUUGUGCCGCCGCCGUCGCAACAGCAGCAGCAGCCUGUGGAGUUAGACCCGUUUGGAGCAGCGCCUUUUCCCUCAAAACAAUGAGUUUAUUAAAAAAAAAAAAAAUGUCUUCCCUUCUUUAUGCGUUUUUCUACAUGGAUUGUGACUGUCCGUGUUGCUUUUUAAUGAACUUUUUAAUACAACCCUGUGGAGAUGAAUGAGUGUUAAAUGUGUAAAAGGACCAUUCUUCUGCCUCAUGCUGCAUUUUUAGCGCUUGUCAAAGUGAAAGUAUUGAUGGGUAACAUUUGACUGUGGAUUGUAGAGUUAGUUUGGACUGUUUUGAGGCCAUAGUUGUAAUUAUAAUGUAUUGUAAAAAUGAGCCUAAAGCCCAGAGUGUCUCGAGUCCCUUUUGACCACAAAUUUACAUUUUGGCCUUUUUGUUUGUAAAUUAAGGCAAUAAUGUUUUUUGUUGGCAAAAUAUAUAUUC